AUUAUAGCAUAGAAAUGUCACUGUUGUGUGGCAUAUCUACAGCCAUCCUCGUUUUUGGUGCAACCCUAAGCACUAGCACCAGCACCAGCAGCUCAGUCCUUUCUCUCUCUUAGACCACCUCUAUAUCUGUGCAUAAUCCCUCCCCAUAUUUCUUCAACCUCUCUCUCUUUCUUUCUCUCUCUGCAACAUCGCACUUUCCAAAGACACCCAACUCAACUUCAAACCCCAUAGUUCACAUAAGCAUGACCAUGGACUCUUCUUCACCACCUUCCCACAACAACACCAACUCACUCCCUUUCUCUCUUUCCAAUCACUUCCAGAACCCUUCUUCUUCUUCUUCCUCCUCUUCCUCUCCCCUCUCUCUUUUCCACUCCUUCACCUAUCCAUCACUCACUCUCACAGGCAGUACCACGGUGGACGCAUCCCCCGAGGCCACCGCCGCCGGAGCAACCAACCUCUCCAUAUUCACCGGCGCCCCAAAGUUCGAGGACUUUCUGGGCGGCUCCGCCACCUGUGCACCGCCACAGCUUCCGCAGUUCUCCACCGACAACAACAACAACAACCUUUACGAUUCGGAGCUUAAGACAACAAUAGCCGCGUGCUUCCCUCGCGGCUUCGCCGCCGAAGCCACCGCCGAACCGCAAAAGCCCUCCCCCAAGAAAACUGUGGACACCUUCGGUCAACGCACCUCCAUCUACCGCGGCGUUACACGACAUAGAUGGACCGGGAGAUAUGAGGCUCAUCUGUGGGAUAAUAGUUGUAGAAGGGAGGGACAAAGUAGAAAAGGAAGGCAAGUUUACUUGGGUGGUUAUGACAAGGAAGAUAAGGCAGCCAGAGCUUACGAUCUUGCAGCUCUCAAGUACUGGGGUCCAACUACCACCACCAACUUUCCAAUUUCCAACUAUGAGAAGGAACUGGAUGAGAUGAAGAACAUGACCAGGCAAGAGUUUGUUGCUUCUCUACGAAGGAAGAGCAGUGGUUUCUCUAGGGGGGCCUCUAUAUACAGAGGAGUGACGAGACACCACCAGCAUGGCCGAUGGCAGGCCAGAAUUGGCAGAGUUGCCGGAAACAAAGACCUCUACCUUGGCACUUUCAGCACCCAAGAAGAAGCUGCGGAGGCCUAUGACAUUGCAGCUAUCAAAUUCAGGGGAUUAAAUGCUGUGACAAACUUCGACAUGAGUCGCUACGAUGUAAAAAGCAUUGCCAAUAGCACACUUCCCAUUGGAGGAUUAUCCAGUAAGAACAAAAACAACAACGAUUCUGUAUCUGAGAGCAAAAGCCACGAGGCAAGCCGAUCCGACGAACGCGAUCCAUCAUCAGCUUCAUCCGUGACCUUUGGAUCACAGUCUCAGCAACAACAGCCACCUUCAAGCUCUACCUUGAGCUUUGCCAUUCCGAUAAAGCAAGACCCUUCAGAUUACUGGUCCGUUCUGGGGUACAAUCAUAGCCAUAAUCCUCUUUCCCUCGAAAGGAACACUACUAGUGUUGUUACCUCAGCAUCGUUCCCGUGUUCCAACAAUGCUAGUAACAAUAAUGUGACAGCAACACCCUUCCACAUGGAGUUCUCAAGUGCCCCCUCAAGCACCGGCAGCGAUAACAAUGGCGCGUUUUUCAGUGGAGGCAUGUUUGUUCAUCAGCAACAAAGUGGAAGCAGUGGUUCCUCUUUGAGCUGUUCAAUCCCAUUCGCCACGCCCAUAUUUUCUCUAAAUAGUAAUGCUAGUUAUGAGAGCAGUGGUGGUUAUGGAAACUGGAUUGGUCCAAGCCUGCACACAUUCCAAUCCCAUGCAAAAGCGAGUCUCUUUCAAACGCCAAUAUUUGGCAUGGAAUGAGCUCAUGCACGAGGUGGUGGGAUGAGAAUCUGUGCAUAUAAUGAUGAAAGUAGUGGUGAUGGUGUUUUAGCAUGCAAUGCAUAUGCAAGGACGAACUAGUCUCUUUUGCUGAUGCAGCAGUUUAUGAAUGAAUGAGUUGGACUGACAGUCAUAAUUCAUCAGAGCCUACCUUAUAGCUAUACCUAGCUCACACUGUACUAACUCAAAGUUCCUUUCUUGUUAUGUUUUCGAUAUUUUUCUCUUUUUUUUUUUUCUUUUUCUUUUUCGCCUUUAGCUUUUUGUCCCUGUUAAUAUACUGACAUUAUUUUCUGAGUAUAAUGGGAAGAAAAUCCUUUUGUAAUCUCUUUCAUUUCUUUUUUGUUAGUAGUACAUCUGUGCGAAAGGCAUUGAAUGCCCGUUAUAUUGGCGUA